AUGUGGCGGCGGUUAUACCUGUUCCUCGUCCUGGUCCGGCUGUGGUUUGCGCUGUCCCCCAGCUAUCUACACCCGGACGAGAACUUCCAAGGCCCCGAGGUCAUCGCUGGCCAAAUCUUUAGCUACCCCGUUCGACACACAUGGGAAUUCACAAACGAACACCCGAUCCGGAGCGUUUUCCCGUUAUGGCCCGUUUACGGCUUGCCCAUGCUGCUCCUCCGAUGGCUAUGGAUCGGUAACGGCCACGACGGAGAGAUCCCUCCGAUCGCCGUCUUCUGGACCCUGCGCGUCCUCAUGUUCGUCACCAGCUUUGUCUUGGAGGACUGGGCCAUCCACGAGCUCAUCAGCUCCCCGCGCCACCGACGCGUCGCUGUGCUCCUCGUAGCCUCAUCAUAUGUGACAUGGACUUACCAAACCCACACUUUUUCGAACUCGGUGGAGUGUUUGGUGGUCGCAUGGUGCUUGGUUUUGAUUCAGCGCAUUGUUGAAAGCCCACAACAAUCGUCGCUUCUUGCUUCCACAAUCCUUGGGAUCGUGGCUGUCUUUGGAUUGUUUAAUAGAAUUACUUUCCCGGCCUUUUUGCUGAUUCCGGGACUUCGUUUGAUACCCCAUUUUGUCAAUAGACCUCUCUCCCUUACCGCCAUGGUGUUAGCUGCACUCACCACCACCCUCGUUGCCAUCACCCUAGACACGGCAUUCUACCUUCCCGAGCCCAUCAAGUGGGCAGAUCUAAUUUCACGCCCCGUCAUCACGCCACUCAACAACCUCAUGUACAACAUCAACCCCGACAACCUGGCUCAGCAUGGACUGCACCCCUGGUACCAACACCUCCUGGUCAAUAUCCCCAUGUUGAUCGGGCCUGCUGCUUUGCUGUUGUUCACGCAGCCGCUUGUCUCAUUGCGGCUCUACUCGGCCAUUUCCGGCGUCUUUGUAUUGUCUAUCUUCCAGCACCAGGAAGCCCGUUUCCUGCUGCCAACAGUUCCACUGAUCCUGUCGUCGGUCAAUGUGCCAAAGAGCCGCACCGUUCUUCGAGCCUGGAUUGCUACCUGGAUUGGCUUCAACCUGGUCUUUGGCAUCCUCAUGGGCGUUUACCACCAAGGAGGAAUCGUGCCUGGACAGGUGUUCCUUAGCAAGCAGCCCGACGCGACCCAGGCCGUUUGGUGGAAGACGUACACCCCGCCAAUCUGGCUUCUCAACGGCAAGAACGAAGUCCUCACCACCCGAGAUGUCAUGGGCAUGAAGGGCGAGGCCCUUUUGAAGGAGCUGGACAGCCUUGCGACGUGCGACACGCCCGCAGACAGACGCAAUUCGGAGUAUUUGAAGGAGAAGAACGGCACCUACCUCAUUGCACCUGCUUCAGCAACGUGGAUAGACCCCUAUCUGUCCAACAAGGGCCUGAAGGGUUUACGAUUCCGCGAGGUGUGGAGGUACAGACAACACCUAAACUUGGACGACCUCGAUUUCGGCGAUGACGGUGUAUGGAACACACUCACGAGAGUGAUUGGUCGGCGUGGCCUCGUCGCAUGGCGUGUGACGAAGAGCUGCAAGUGA